CACACGCAGACAAAAUGGCAGGCCGUCCUCCCCCCAGCGAGAUUGAGCUCCACGAGGCCAUCGACUGGAUCAACCAGCAGCCUGAUGCCCUCACCGCCAUUGUCAAGAGCAAGCUCCCCGACCUCAAGGGCGAGCUCGGCUGGCUCCACGUCGGCCGCCUCGACGACUUUGGCAAGUACAUGCAGGUCCAGAUCCACCCUCCGCCGACCCACGAGGAGAAGGAGGUCCAGAUCCCGCUCGACCCGCCUAUCACCAACCCGUACGACAUCCGCCCGCGCCUGUACAAGUUUAGGGCCGAGGCGUUCAACCUGUACCGAAUCCCUACCAACGUCACCAUCGACUACUACACUGCGCCAGCUUGGUUCCCGUUCACGGCACCCGCGCUGAUCGGCAUGGCGGUGCUCUUCUUCGCGCAGUGGGGUACGGGCCACUAUGCCGAUCUUCUCCGGGAGAAGAUUGAGUACUACAUGGGCCCGCACAUGAUCAAGUUUGCGCUUGGCAUUGUCGUCUUCUUCCACCUUGCGUUCGAGCCGGCAUACAUGUUCUGGUUGACGGGCAAGCACAAGGUUCCGUUUGGCCCUCGCGUCAAGUGGAUCCUCACCAACAUGGCCAUUGGGUUCGGCGCCAUCAACGAGUUCCACGAGUGCGUCACGUACGAGCGCCUGCGUCUGGUGUACAAGUCGACCGACGUCGGAGACAUCGGACCCCGCAAAAAGGGCCAGGAGGAGGUCACCGCCGAGAAAAAGAAGCAGUAGGCUGGACCCCGUCGAUGUAUUCCGGCCACUUGGCAGCUGGGGCGGAUCUCUCCACAACCGAGCGGUGGCAGAGUGGCACUAACCCUGAGGCACCAACCAGUCAUGUUGGUCUCGAGCGGAGCGCGUGCCGAAGGUUGUUGCAUGUUGGAUUCUAGCCUUACGUAAC